AUGACGAUACAUAUCGAAGGCGGCUACGCGGCUCGCCGCCCAAAUGGUUGUCUUCCAAAUGAGAAUAAAGCAGAGGCUUGGCAACCAAGAUACUGGGCAUGCUGUCCAGAUGGGCAGUAUGCUACGCAGAAUUCCGAGGACAACGGGAACUUCUUCUGCAAAGGCACAGAAGCAACUGCAAAUGACAUUCCCCGGCUUUGCACGAACUCAACCUGGACCCUUUACUACAAUACCGGGUUCUUCUGUUGCGACCAGGGCAUGGUAGCAUAUUUGGCGAAGUCAAAGAACGCCGAUUCUACCGAUGCGACCUUUGGCUGUGAUUCCCAGGCCUACGUGAACCAGCAGAUAAAUAACCAUAGCGACUGGACCGUUCAACCUCUCAACCCUUAUACUUCUCCCGACAAAAAUUCAGGACCAAAUAAAGGAGCUAUCGCCGGUGGAGUUGUCGGAGGUGUUUGCGGUGUGAUUAUUAUCCUGGGGCUCGUAUGGUUUUUACUACGUCGCCGCUCUCGCUCGAAGGUAUCCCACAACACCCCGGGCGGUUCUGUCGUUACGACUUCCGACACACCUUCAUUAUCCAAGUAUGGACAUCAGCCAUCUGAGAUUGAGGGGGAAAACAAACCAAUGGGCGAAUUAUAUGAUCCUGCUUCAAUGCGGACUGAGCUUGAAGCCAACAAACAAGCUCGCCACGAGCUUGCCAGUAACGUACCGAAGAACGUGAGGCAGGGCCCACCUUCCGAGCUUCCUUGA